AUGAGUGUGACUCUCAUGGGCACCACGGCCAUCACCUGCAUCAUCAUCACGGAGAUGACGGACACGGUUACAGUGAGGCGCGGUAAGUUGCCGGAUUGCUGUUACUUCAAUCAUGGUCAUCACGACCAUCACCACCACGAUCAUCACGAGGAGUACGACAGCUACCGAGUGCCGGAGAAGAAGCGGGUCCCAGAAGAACCUCAUCCUGAACCAACUUCAACGCCAGUCCCGCUACCAAACCUGUACGAUGGAGCACCAACACCAGCUCCAGCGGUGAUCGAGACUACAACCCUACCGAAGGCCAAAUCCUACAUCGAUCCAGAGCCUCUAUACAUUGACGAGAAGCCCAAAGAGUGCUGCACCGGUAAAAGUGAUGUGCACUGCGUCAAUUGUCACAUCUACCCCCAUGGUCAUGAGAGUCAUUCCUCGGUUGAUAAGUACGGAGGUGAUUACGAUUCCGGACAUUCCAGUGGCUACCGAGCAGCACCCGGAAGUUCCGGAGAUCAUUCCAAACUUCCAGCUCCGACUGCAGCGGCUCGUCCAACCAAAACUAAUCCCAUACCACAGCCUCCACAACCUUCCCACAAACCUACAAGUAGUCAUGCCCGAAGCUACGAUGGUGGAGACGACUACGGUCAUCAUCAACAGGCACCGAUCUACCAUCACCAGUCAUCCUCAUCCGGCGGCUACGAACACAGUUCUUCAAGUCAUGGCGGUCACGUAGAGUUCAGCCACCACAAAGUCGUCAUCCCGAGCGAUCACCUCCACAAAAUCUUCGACCAUCCCAAACCAGCUCUGCACCCCAUCGAUCUCACCAUCUACAACCAGAUCGUCAACCAGGAACUCUUCGAUCAGCACAAAUCCGACCAAUACGGAACGGAAAUCUUCCAGCCGACCAAGCAACCCCAUCGAGACUACUACCAGCCUCGAUCUUACAACCUCGCAGCGGCCACCUUCCCACCCGCACCCCUAGAAUACCGACCUAAGGACUACCUCCCGAUCACACCUCCACCAGGGGCUUACGUAGCCCCCAUCCCUCCACACAUCCUACCGCCCUACUACUCCACAGCUGACAGCGGUCCAGCGAUCUUCGAAAUCCUGAACGAUAGCCCGCCUCCGACUUCACCGCCCCCGCCGCACUACGUCCAGGUCCAGGCCGGAUCCUACUACCCCUUCGAUGCCAACAAGUACCGGAUGAUGAUGGCGGCCAGACAGCAGCACCAACAUUUUGGAUCGGACCAGAUGGUGAUGGCUUCGAGACAUGCGGCGCCGCCCUGUGCACAUCAUUCGGAACCGCAUCAUGCCCCUUACUAUAAAAAAUAA